GGGAGCUCAGGGGCGGACCCAGCACCAUAACAGAGCGGGCUGGCUGGUGGGAAAGCUUGCCGACACACGCACCCGCGAUUUCCUGCUUUUCCCAGGAGGGUGACCGGCUCCUGGACUCAGACCUUUAUUCAUUUACAGCGCCCCUGACAUUCAGCAGCAGCAGCAACAACCCGGACUGGCCGCGAACAGGAGCCGAGACUAAAGGAGACAGAGGGACGUGUUCACAAGCAGCGACACACACAUACACACAAACAGAAGACAGAGCUCCGUAAAGGCAAUUUUCUGACAACAAGUGGAACAUGGAGUGUGUUCAGGUAGCCAAAGAGGCCGAAAUGGUGGAAAUUAUUCCAAAUGGCAAUCAUGUGGAAGAUCUGACUGUACCAAUCAAAAUACAAUCUGAGGAGGACAGGUACGAAGAUAAUGAAGGAAACUCGGCAGAGUGCGAUGAAUUCUUGCCUCACUCAGAUGCUGAGAAGAAACCUACUCGCUUCACAGAUUUUGAUGGGAAAACCUCAUUUGGAAUGUCAGUUUUCAAUCUGAGCAAUGCCAUCAUGGGCAGUGGUAUCCUGGGCCUGGCAUAUGCAAUGGCCAAUACGGGCAUUGUCCUCUUCCUCUUUCUGUUGACAACUGUGGCCUUACUCUCCUCCUAUUCCAUUCACUUGCUUCUGAAAGCUUCCGGUGUGGUUGGAAUCCGUGCAUAUGAACAGCUCGGUCAGAGGGCUUUUGGGACUCCUGGAAAAUUAGCAGCUGCUCUGGCGAUCACUCUACAAAACAUUGGAGCCAUGUCCAGUUAUCUCUACAUCGUGAAGUAUGAACUUCCCCUGGUGAUACAGGCCUUUCUGAACAUUGAGGAGAAAACUGGCGAGUGGUACCUGAAUGGAAACUAUCUGGUAAUCAUGGCAUCUAUCACGGUCGUUUUGCCUCUAGCAUUAAUGAAGCAACUCGGCUACCUGGGAUAUACCAGUGGUUUCUCCUUGAGCUGCAUGGUUUUCUUUUUAAUUGUGGUGAUCUACAAGAAGUUCCAGAUUUCCUGCUCAUUUAAUAACAUCCAUGCAAAUAGUUCCCUUCUGGACAAUGUCAACUAUGGCAAUAUUACCAGCUACAACAAUAGUGAUGUUCACAAAGUCGCUGAGGAUCAGUGCACCUCUCAGCUGUUUACCAUGAACUCUCAGACUGCAUAUACCAUUCCCAUCUUGGCUUUUGCCUUUGUCUGUCAUCCAGAGGUAUUGCCCAUCUACACAGAGCUGAAAAACCCCUCCAAGAAAAAAAUGCAGCAUGUGUCGAACAUCUCCAUUCUGGUCAUGUACCUCAUGUAUUUUCUCGCUGCACUGUUUGGAUACUUGACAUUUUAUGACAGAGUUGAGCCAGAGAUGCUGCAUACAUACAGUAAGAUUGACCCUUUCGAUACACUAAUUUUGUGUGUCCGUGUGGCUGUGCUGAUUGCGGUAACCCUCACUGUACCCAUCGUACUCUUUCCGGUCCGCCGUGCUAUCCAGCAAAUGCUGUUCCAGACCAAACCCUUCAGCUGGCUCAGACACAUUGUCAUUGCUGUCUGCCUUCUUACUUUGAUCAACCUACUGGUUAUCUUUGCACCAAACAUACUUGACAUCUUUGGAAUAAUUGGUGCAACCUCUGCCCCAUGUUUAAUUUUCAUCUUCCCGGCUGUCUUCUACAUACGGAUAAUGCCAAAGGAAGAAGAGCCAAUGACGUCACUUCCAAAAAUCCUGGCUGUUUCCUUCGCUGUCCUGGGCUUUGUCUUCAUGACCAUGAGCCUGAGCUUCAUCAUCAUCGACUGGUCUAAUGGGAGCGGCACCGUCAAUGGAGGCCACUAGGACAACAGAGUGCCUCGCUCACUGAGAGCCAAGUGCCCCCCUCAGCACCCCUUAGCUUCACCCAGCAGGAUAAUCGCUGUAGAAAAUUGCCAACAAACCUGACCCCACUGUAAUAAGACACACACUGCGAGUACUGUACAUAUAUAUAGUUUUGCACACCAGCAAUUUUUAUAUCAUGUAACUGUAUAGUGAUGAAUUGAUGCAAAUACAUUGCAUGGGAUUUUAUAAAACUACAACAUUUCUAAGUUAUUUUGUAUAGAGGUAGGACAGAGGUGACACUUUCAGAGUAAUAUUCUAUUAAAUAACUGGCUUAGUAUAGUGUAGGGUCACAGGUAUAGUUGCUGGUACUGAGUUUAGCACCUUGGGUCGACUGAGGGGGGUUGUCAUGUUUAUGUAAUAUAUAUUUUACAUUGUGCUCUUUUGACAUAAAUGAACAUCGCACAGAAGUAUUUUAAAAGGUGGUUAGGAGCCAAUUGAAAAACAAAAAAAAAAUUGCCAUUUAUUGAUCCUAUUUUCAAUCGCCCUACUAAAUACUGUGUGCACUUUUUGAUGAAGAUAAAAGCAGUUGAGAUACCCAAUUACUAAUUUUUAUAGAAAAUGUUGCUGUUUCAGUAGGUAAGUGCUAAUAAUCAUGAAUCAUCCACACCUGGCAGAUGCCCCAGCGCAAACCUCUGCCUGAGCUGAGUGAGUAGGUCUCUGCCAGGUCAUAGACUAGUGAGGGGAACAAAAUCAGUCUGGGGCUUCCAAUACUUAGAACCCCAUAACCCAGAGAGUCAAUACUGCAGAUCCUGAAUCAACUGUUAUUUGUCAAUGCUUACAUAACCCCCUGGCUCGUUGAUCACUUGCAUAUAUAUAAAGAUACCUUGAAGGUAUCUCACCUGGGUGAGCUAUAAAAAGACUGACAUUACCUAUGAACUUGUAAUUUAACAUGACACUUCUUAAGUUUUUUUAUAUUAUUUAACCUAUUUUUCUAAUCAAUUUGUUCAGAGGUGCUAUUACACACCUCUGGAGCUGGUGGGACUUGGAACCGAGCCCAAGAAUACUUCGCAGAUCAACUGAGUGCUUCAAUUUUGAUAAUUGAAUCCGGAGUAGUGGGCAGAUUGUUCUCUGUUAUGAAAUGUGUCCCGAUUAAGACCCUAUCUUUUGCCCUUUUCUCUCACAGAGAUCACGAGCUGGGCUGCCUAUUCUCUCAUGACAAUAUUGCAAAGCAAUAAGCUGACAGUAGAAGUUUGGGAAACAGAUGGGUCUGUUUAUGGUGGGCCAGUUUGAUAGCAACAGGACAUUGUCUCACCAGUAGACAUUUUGUGGCUUCUGACCCUGAGAGUCCGCUUUACACAGUUUGUAAAACAUGUCGUGCACUGCAGUACACAUGGGAUUGGGAAACCAUGGUUGCAAUCCUGAAGAUUACUCCUGCAAGGUGAAUUAGUUGAGUGACAUACACUGAAUUACUUGCACUCAAGCUGAAGACUCAGGAUCAGAUAAGGAAGUUUCCACACUUGCCUGUGUUACCACCAACCCUACUGUAAUAUAUCCACUGUAGAAUUAAUUGCUGCUAUCCAUCUGGGGCAGUGCCCGACAGAGAAAAGAUACUGGGGAUUGGAAAGAAAGGUCAAUCCUAUUUAAAACUAUUUUGUUGGCAAGCCAGGUGGAGGAGGAAAGCAGGAAGGCUAAUUUCCUAAUGUCGUCAUGCGUUGCUGCAGUUGUGAAGGCAGUUCCCUGCUAGAAGCAGUGAACAAGACAAAUAUGUUCCAUGCCCUAUGUGGCACUGGGAGCACAGUGUGGGCCACACUUUCAAGGUGGUCCAACCUAUCAGGAUGGUGGAGCUGCUUUUCCACUUAGCCAGUGGCAGAAUGCCAACUGUUUGUAGGAUGUAGAGGUGGGAGAGCGAAUGAAACAGUUAACAUUAAAGUUCAAAAGAAAUUCUAAAAAAAAGACUUUUUAUUAAAUAAAAACACUAAUGAAAAUGCUGGGGGUGGGAGGUCAUCCUCCAACAUUUAAUAAUUUAGUCUGGUGUCUGUGUUUUAAUAAGUAAAUAAAAUGUCUCAUUCUUCACAGGGAACCUAACUGUGAACCUUUAACGCAGUGCGUGUGCAGAAAAAUGGCUACUGGACAGUUAAUACUGAUCUUGUUUGCUGGUUUGGAAAUAUCUCAGCACUUUUAUAAAAUAAUAAUUCUGGGGGCAAAGAAUUGAUUUAUUUUGUGACAAUAUUGUCAAUGGCUUUGAUUAAAUGAAAGUGGAUUUUAUUUUUGACUCGUAGUCCUAUGCAAUAUUAAUAGUGUUGGGUGGAAAUCUCCAGUAACCUUUGCUCUGAAGCUUUAAGGAUUUAUUUUGUUAGAUUGCAUUGCUCAUGUUUAGAAAUGAGGCUUAUCUGUCAGAUUUCUUUACACAAUAUUUAUAUUUUAUUAAAUGUGUAAUUGAAUUUUAAUUUAAUAGAAAAUAAAAAGGAUUAAAGAUUUUUAAUAUUUUACAUUUGCAUAGCAGUGGAAAAGCCUUAUAGAGCUGUACCUGGGUGUGUGAACAAACCUAUGUAUGUUUUUGUAGAUGACUGUUUGAUAAAUUACACAAAAUACUUGUCUGGUACUAAUCCUGUGCAUUACCCUGUAAAUUGUAAUGCUAAAUUUUGUUAAAUGUGCAGUAAUCCACAUAAGAUGUGUGUCACACUGGUGCAUCAGGGAGGAACUAAUAUACAUGAUAUGGUCAAGAUUUGCAAGGUCCACUUACCCACCUCACCUCAACAAACUAGUUCAGUUUUUGUAAUACAUACAAGAGAUCCAACGCAUUAACCAAUAAAUAUGCCUUAGGCCAUUUGUUUAUGGCCUACCUGUGUAUCAAGCCCCUAUUCUUAAAUUCUGCAAUGUGUAAGGUCAUUUGCUUCCUUUUCUUCAGUGUGCCAGACUCUGUAUUCCUCUUCCUGGUGCCCACUGAUCCUACCCUUUAUGCUGUUCGGCAUUUUGAUUAAUUUUGAUCCUUCAGCAUAUUGCAUUCUCGUUUUGUUAUUCAGUAUGUUACUCAGACUCUUGUCUGUCAAUUCAUUCAGCUUUGUCUCAGUGGUUGGCACUCACACCUGUACCAGAAGAUUGUGAAUUUGAGCUUCACUGUUGCAUAAUAUUCCAGCAUAAUGUUGAGGGUGUGCAACACUGUUGGAGUUGCUGUCUUCUGUAUGAGACAAUACACUAAGAACCCAACUACCCUCAGCUGCAAUUAUUAAUAAGAAAGGUUAUCUGGCCAUUAUCAGGUUGCCCUUUGUGGAAUCUUGCCCCAUACAACUUGGCAGCUGUGCCUCCCUGGUUACAAUAUUAACUAUACAUCAGAAGUGGUUAUAAAGGUCUUGAUAUUGAAAAGGUUCUGAGCUUGCGCAAUAUAAGUGUAACUUAUUCUUUUACCACACUCUCAACGGUUUGUAAUUCCUACCAGCUGAAACCCUUCAAGUAUGCUUUUGUCAUGCCAUCAGUUCUCAGUCCUUCAUUGCAUCAUUCCAUUUUCCCCUGCUGUUCAUUAUGCUGGUUUCAUGUCCAUACUAAUGCAGCUACAAAGGUUUUCUCUGCGGCCAACCAGCUUCUCAUUCUAUUUUUCGACUUACUUUCCUCUGAUGAUAUUCAUCAAAUAUUUUUUAACAGUCUAAGCGAAAGCAGGAGACCUUCUCUGACUUAGAAAGUGGACAUUACCCUGUUCCUUUGGAUUAUCCCCACCAUCCCUUCAACUGACUUCCCCAAUGAGCCAGAGAUCCCAUAUAUUUUGUUCUGGAGCCAAAGAGUUUCAGUCAGUCUGUGGUCACCUCAUUAUUGCAUUUGGGAUUGAGAUAGUUGUUAGGCUUAUUUGAAUCUUCAACUUAAAUCCUUAUUGACAGGAUUUCAACAUGGCAUCACAUAACUGCUCGGUGAAACUCUGAGGGAAUAGGUGCUGCAAUGAGGUUUUUCAACUGGAGAAGUUGAAAUAGGCAUUUAGGAGGAGAAGCUUUUGAUGGAGAUUCAUGGAGAACCACAGGAGCUCAGCACAUUGCUGAAAAGAGACCAAUUUCAAGUGAUCUCAACCUUGACAACCCAAUAGGACUCUCCUCCUAUUGUCUAAAUUGUCAGAAUUGUUAGAAAUGUGGUAUUCUUGCAUUUGUCCUGAUGAGUGCAGGAUGAAAACCUUCUGCAACACAUCUCUCUUUUCAGCAACAUUUGAACUGCCAAGUGUAUCAUCAGAACACAGUUUUGUAGAAUGGGCAGGCGACGGUGAAUCUCAUGGAAACGUGUAAAACUUCAACAAGACCAGACAGGAUAAACACAAGAAGGAUGUUCCCAAUGACUGCGGAGUCCAGAACCAAGGGUCACAGUCCAAGGGUAUAGGAUAGACCAUAUAGGACUGAGAAUGGGAGAAAUUUCUUCACCCAGAAAGUGGUAAGCCCAUAGAAAUCUUUGCCACAGAAAGCAGUUGAAGCCAAAACCUUGAAUAUUUUCCAGGAGUUAGAUAUCGUUCAUCGGGCUAGAGGAAUCAAAGGGAGGACACAAGAAAUCAGUUAGAUGAUCAUCUAUUGAUCAUAUUAAAUGGCAGAGCAGGAGCAAGGAGUUGAAUGGUUACUCCUGUGCUAAUUUACUUUGGGAAGUCAUGACUGACAGACCAGAUCCCUCAGUUGCUAAGUAUAGUAACCACCAGAAGAUUUCAAGUGUUUGCAGUUUCUGUUCACAACUGGAAAGAAGAAAAGAAUGUUAAUAUUUAGUAAAUACAGCUUGUGUGUUGAUUUGUGACCAUAUGCAAAAACAAAAUGUGUCUAUUUUAAACGAAAUGCUUAUUUCAACGUUUUGCUAAACUGACAGGGUAUUGUUGAUUUAUGUGUUUCAUAAAAUAGUGACAUUUUUGUUAGAUAAUGGGGAGAAGGAAAAACUUGCGAAAAUGUAUUUUAUCGCCUCCUUCCGUCUUGAGUUAAGUCUGCUUUUUGAAACCUGGUCAUUCUGUAUCUGUUGGUGUUGAGUGGAUCUGUAUUGUAUAAAAAUAAAAAAGUAUAAAUGUUAAA